UCCUUCCUAAAGGUUAUUCAGAUAUGGUUCUCUCUUUUAGGAAUUUGAAUCGUUUUCAGCCGCCUAGGUCCAAGAAGGUUAAACCAGAAGAGGAAGAUCACAAAGUACCAAGAGAGAUCAACCAUUUUAGUCAUCCCCACAGUUUAACCCUCUCUGAUGAUGAGAUUGAUGUUCACAAUAACAAGUACUAUUGUGAUGGAUGCAUUCUACCUAUCUCAAACCCGUUUUAUAGGUGUAGAGAAUGUGAUUUCCUGCUUCACGAAACCUGCCUUGAAUUACCAACAUCCAUUAAUCCCUCGGAUAGAUAUCGUGCAAAAAUCUUUACUCUAAAAGCGGGGUGGGGUAAUGAUGGCAUUUUCUUUUGUUCUGCCUGCCAUAAUCACUGCCAUGGCUUCAGCUACCGGUGUGAUGCUGGUUCGGAAAUUUGUAUUCGGUGUGUUUCAGUUCCUCACAAAUUCAAACAUGUCGGUCACGAGCAUGUCCUCUCUCUGAUUCAAUUUACCAGCUUUCCUUGUAAUGCUUGCGGUACUCUUGCAAAAAUGUCCUCCUUCAGUUGCCCUGAGUGUUUAUUCACCUUGUGCUACAAAUGCGCCACACGUCCUGGUACAAUUCAGCACUCAAGUUUUGGCGAUCAAUAUGUACUCACCUAUCAAUCCGUUGAUAAAGCCUAUGGUGAGUAUUAUUGUGAUUUAUGCGAAAAAGCGAGAGAUCCAAAGCAUUGGUUUUACUACUGUGAUGAAAUUGAUUACUGUGCUCAUCCCCUAUGUGCUCUUGGUAAGUAUCCGUAUCUUAAACCAGGCCGUGAGUACCACUUACACUCAUUCUCUUCGGUACUCCAAAGAUCUUCGGAGCACAAACUGUGUGGCACGUGUACUGAAUUUUGCGGGCUCACACUUCCACCGAAGACAGUUGAAAGCAGCCAUGUACAUACUGUUCGCCUUGUCCAUCAGAUAUCUUCUUUUAAAGAAUCUAGCAGAAAUUGUGAUGUCUGUAUGGAUCAGAUAACAGGAGAGCUCUUGUUCUACUGGGGUCGGCGAUGUGGUGGAUUUAGCGGUCAUCUGAAAUGUGUUCUUGGCGAUGCCUUCAUCGAAAAUGCCCUUCACCAUGAAGCUCGGAUACUUACUUUUGUCCAACUUGCUGUUUAUCUCGUCAAUGGUGAGCUGAGGCUGCGGUGGUGUUUCUUAAAAUGGCAAAAUGGGUCUCAGUUUCUUGAUGGGUUUGGUUAUGGAAGGUACGAGUUGUGGAUUCUGUUAUCUUUCCGAGCAAAGUCCAUCUUCGGCAAUGAAGGACUACCGACGUUGUUGCGGUAUAGAGAUUCCGGCCUUGGAUCCUAA